AUGUCCACUGCAUCGGAUGUGGCUCGAGUUUUCACGGACACUGAAGAGGAGACAUAUUCCAUGUUCUCCAAACCAGAGCAGGCUAUGCUUUCCAAGGGCAAAGUCAACCGGACUAUCAUUGAAAAGAUACUGGACAUGAAGUUUUAUAACUACCAGUACGAGGCGAUGUUUCGAUUCUUCGAAGCAUUUCUCUGCACCCUCCGGGGGUGGGGGUUGACCCCUGACACAAGUCGACAGUUCAGACUACUCAAGCGAUUUGCUUCGGACACAAACUACGACUACUACAUGGAGGACAAAGCCCUCAAGGAGAAGCAGGAAGCUGUGGAGGUCACUCCGUCAGGCCAUAUCUUCAAGGGCGAUGAUCUUAUCGCACUUUAA